GCGGCGGCGGCGGCGGUGGCGGCGGCGGCGGCGGUGGCGGCUGCCCGGCCAGUACUCCCGGCCCCCGCCAUUUCGGACUGGGAGCGAGCGCGGCGCAGGCACUGAAGGCGGCGGCGGGGGCCAGAGGCUCGGCGGCUCCCAGGUGCGGGAGAGAGGCCUGCUGAAAAUGACUGAAUAUAAACUUGUGGUAGUUGGAGCUGGUGGCGUAGGCAAGAGUGCCUUGACGAUACAGCUAAUUCAGAAUCACUUUGUGGAUGAAUAUGAUCCUACAAUAGAGGAUUCCUACAGGAAACAAGUAGUAAUUGAUGGAGAAACCUGUCUCUUGGAUAUUCUCGACACAGCAGGUCAAGAGGAGUACAGUGCAAUGAGGGACCAGUACAUGAGGACUGGGGAGGGCUUUCUUUGUGUAUUUGCCAUAAAUAAUACUAAAUCUUUUGAAGAUAUUCACCAUUAUAGAGAACAAAUAAAAAGAGUUAAAGACUCUGAAGAUGUACCUAUGGUCCUAGUAGGAAAUAAAUGUGAUUUGCCUUCUAGAACAGUAGACACAAAACAGGCUCAGGACUUAGCAAGAAGUUAUGGAAUUCCUUUUAUUGAAACAUCAGCAAAGACAAGACAGGGUGUUGAUGAUGCCUUCUAUACAUUAGUUCGAGAAAUUCGAAAACAUAAAGAAAAGAUGAGCAAAGAUGGUAAAAAGAAGAAAAAGAAGUCAAAGACAAAGUGUAUAAUUAUGUAAAUACAAUUUGUACUUUUUUCUUAAGGCAUACUUAAGUAAAAGUGGUAAUUUUUGUACAUUACACUAAAUUAUUAGCAUUUGUUUUAGCAUUACCUAAUUUUCUGCUCCAUCUGAACUGUUAAGCUUUUAUCUUGAAUGCUUAUUUUAAAAUGACAGUGGAAACUUUUUUCCUCUAAGUGCCAGUAUUCCCUGAGUUUUGGUUUUUGAACUAGCAAUGCCUGUGAAAAAGAAACUGAAUACCUGAGAUUUCGGUCUCGGGGUUUUUGGUGCAUGCAGUUGAUUACUUCCUAUUUUUCUUAACCAAUUGUGAACUUUGAUGUGAAACAAAUUAAUGAAGCUUUUGAAUCAUCCCUAUUCUGUGUUUUAUCUAGUCACAUACAUGGAUUAAUUACUAAUUAUAACUUCAGUUGAGAUUUCAUGAUUGGUUUUACUGAAACAUUGAGGGAACAUGAAUUUAUGGGCUUCUUGUAAUUCAUCUUGUAGGUGUAAUGUCCUAUAGUUUCAGUCACCCUUAAUGAAUGUAAAGUUACACUGUUCACAAAGGUUUUCUCCAUCUUUCACUGCUAUUUGUCAUAGUCACGCUCCCAAAAAUAUUAUAUUUUUUCUAUAAAAAGGGAAAAAAAUGGAAAAAAAUACAAGGCAAUGGAAAAUAUUAAAAGGCAUUUACUUUCCAUAUUAGAUAAAUUCCUAUAAUACUCUGAAUAACUUUUCCUGUUAAGGCAGACCCAGUAUGUAAUGAGGAUUAUUGCAACCAUUUUGGGGCUAUAUUUACAUGCUACUAAAUUUUUGUAUUAAUUGAAAACAUUUUAACAUGUAUAAAAAAUUCCCAUAGGAAUUAAAUACAGUCUCCCUGUGCCAGAUUGCUCUUUCUUAGCAUAACUUUAAAUCUUUUCUUGAUCUUUGGUCUUAGAGAAUAGUUUUAAUUCUGGUAGUGACGUUAAAGAUUAUUUGGGCCAGUUAGCUUUAGUAGAUGUUAAAGAGACCAAGGUUGCAAGGCCAGGCUUUGUGUAAAUCUUUGAGCUUCAUUAAGAGUUUCAUAGUAUGGACUGGCAUCCCUGUGGUCUCCCAGUGUUGUCAUGAAUUGGGUGAUCAGAAAUGGGGAUGAGGAGAGUUUGGAUAAGAUGCAUCCUCACUAUGUGGUGGUCCUGCUGACAGAUCAGGAACAUCACUUUUGUUUAAAAAAAAAAAAAUAGAACUUUUUAAAAACAUUUCAAUUAAGAUUUUGGGGUGGGGGUGGCAAGACUUUAAUUUUUUUUUUAAAACAAUGAAGUGAAAAAGUUUCAAAAUCUUUAGUAUUGGCUAGUUCUCAACACUGGCUAAAGUAACAUUUCAUACACACUUUGCAAGUAUGGUCCGUAUUUAAGAAUAUCUAAUGCUUAAAUAAUAAAUUAAUAACAGUGAUUCUUUCAGUGCAUUUAAAAUGUAUUUUUAAAUAUCUGAAGUGAGAUGGUGUGUUGAGGUGAAAAUAUCACUGGACUAGGAGGAAGGUGACUUAGAUUCUAGUUACAUGUCUUUUACAAUUUCAGUUUUGGGCAAAUCACUUACUAUCCAUUUCUUCAUGUUAAAAGAAGUCAUCUCAGGCUUAGCUAGCAUUACAACUAUGUGAUUUACCUUCAGUUUACAUAAGGAUAUACCAAUUUGUCAAUCUCAGCACAAUC